UCCCCAAAUUCUAACCCCUCCCAGGCUCCCCUAACCCGAUUUUGGUUCGCUAAUGACAACCGCUCGUCGUCGUACGAAUCAACCUUCUCCACCUCCGUCGCCCACCAUUCUCCGCCACCAGCCUCUCCGCGCGUUUUCCGGCGCUUACUACCAGCCUCAUUAGGAAUUUGAUAAGCUUCUAGUCAACAGCUGAGCUUAAAAUAUCCACUUGAAGAUGAAUUCUUGAUGGUUAAAAAAAUUGAAUUUUUGUCCAAUUUGCUUCAAAGGAUGACAUGGAGAUCUGUUUUCUCUGGGUAAGAUGGUAGCCACUCUCUUCUGAGUAUUCCAAAAUGACAAAUCAAAUAUUAAAAUCAAUGAGAAUUUCACUGCUUUUCUAUCUUGCACUCCAUCAUAGUGGAUGAUGAAGAAUCUGAAACAGAUGGAGGCAGUUUCUCUUAACAGUGACCCAGUGUUUGAUGACUCUGAAGAAUAUGAGGACGAAGAAGACUGCUCCGUGGAGGAACAUGAUGAUGGAGUUCAUGAUAAAGAUUCCAAAAAGGAGUCCCCACAACCAACUAUUGGUCUGGAAUUUGGGUCUUUUGAUGAAGCAUAUGAUUUUUAUAACAUGUAUGGCAAGGAACAAGGAUUUGGUAUUAGAGUGAGCAACUCUUGGUUUAGAUCAAAGAGGAAAGAAAGAUAUAGAGCGAAACUCAGCUGCAGUAGUGCAGGUUUCAAGAAGAAAAGUGGAGCAAAUCAUCCUAGGCCAGAAACAAGAACUGGUUGUCCUGCAAUGCUAGUAAUUAAGCUUGUGGACUCAAAAAGAUGGAGAAUUGUGGAAGUUGAGCUUCAUCACAAUCAUCCAGUAAGCCCAGAGGUCAGGCGGUUCUAUAAGUCACAUAAGAAAAUGAUUCUCGCUGACAAAAAGCAGCAGGAAUCCAUACCUAUUACAGAAGUACAUACCAUUAAGUUAUACCGCACAUCUAUUGAUGCUGCAUGUAAUGGAUUGCAAAAUAUCAAGGAAAAGGAUAGUAGGUUUCCUGUUGAUACCUCAAAGCAUUUGGAGCUUAGAGAGGGGGAUGCCAAUGCACUGUAUAAUUAUUUUUGUCGAAUGAAGUUGACAAAUCCAAACUUCUUUUAUCUGUUGGAUCUUGAUGAUCAAGGAUGCCUGAGAAAUGUGUUCUGGGCUGAUGCUAGGUGUAGGGCUGCUUUUAAUUAUUUCUCAGAUGCAAUUGCAAUUGAUACAACAAGCUUGAGGAACAAAUAUGAACUUCCUCUUAUUUCUUUCGUUGGAGUAAACAACCACGGACAACCUGUUUUGCUGGGAUGUGGUUUUCUUGGAUACGAGUCAGUAGAGUACUUUAUUUGGAUGUUCAAAUCAUGGCAUACGUCUAUGCUAGGAAGACAUCCACAAGUUAUUGUAACUGAUCAGUCAAAACCAUUGCAAAUUGCAGUUUCUAAGGUUUUCCCUCAAGCCCGUCAUUGUUAUUGUCUAUCUUAUAUCAUGCAGCGUGUUCCAGAGAAGUUGGGAGGAUUGGAUGGAUACGAGUCUAUCAAGACGCAACUGUAUAAAGCAGUUUAUAUUUCCUUGAAGAUCACUGAGUUUGAAAGCUCGUGGUGUCAUAUGAUAAGUCAGCAUGGACUCAAGGACAAUAAAUGGCUUCAAUCAUUGUACGAAGAUCGUGAAAAAUGGGUACCAGUCUACUUAAAAGACAUUUCCUUCAUGGGGAUCGUGCCAAUAAAAGAAAAUGAGAGCUUGAAUGCAUACUUUGAUGGUUAUGUAAAUAAACACACUUCAUUCAAAGAAUUUGUUGAUAAGUAUGAUUUAGCCCUGCAAAGGAAGCACAUGAAAGAAGCAAUGGCAGAUAUGGAGUCGAGAAGUUCAAGCUUUGAGUUGAAAACAAAUUGCAAUUUUGAGGUGCAGCUCUCAAAGAUAUUCACAAAGGAAAUAUUCAAGAAGUUCCAAGCAGAAGUUGAAGGAAUUUACUCUUGUUUCAAUACAAGGCAAGUGAACAUUAAUGGGCCAAUAAUGACAUUUGUUGUGAAAGAAAGAGUAGAAUCUGAGGGAAGCGAGGAGGAGGUAAAGCUGUUUGAGGUUCUUUAUGAGACAACACAAGCGGAAAUACGUUGUAUUUGCAGUUUGUUUAAUUUCAAAGGUUAUUUAUGCAGGCAUGCAUUGAAUGUACUGAAUUAUAAUGGUGUGGAAGAAAUUCCAUCACAAUACAUCCUACCGCGUUGGGAUAAAGAUUACAAACGUAAGUUUCCAGUAGAUUCUGGCCUUUGUCAUAUUGAUGUGAAUAAUCCUGUGGAAUUGUAUAAUAUUCUACAUAAACAUGUCAUGCAAGUUGUUGAAGAAGGGGCACAAUCCGAAGAACAUUACAAGGCUGUACUCCGAGAAGUAGAAGCUCUUUUGAGCAGGUUUUCCCUUGAAGACAACAAUUUGGUUUCACUGUAAUAUUUGACAUAGGACAUCCAAUACAGAAUUAUAGUGCAUCUGUGUACAUAAUAUAUACAUUACAUGUCCUGAUCAUGAGCUUUGCCCCUUUAUACAUACUCAAGAAUGAAAUUGAGGUAUUUUGAAAUUGCA